ACGUCUCUGUGUUAAUCUUCUUCGUCGCCGUGUGAGUGGUUAAUGAAUGGAGGGCUUUUUUCUCGGCAGUCGAAUAAGAGGCUCACCUGGCGGAGUAAACUCCGCCACGUGACGAUGGAGGACUUCUGUGCGUCGGGGGAAGAUGAUGCUAGUAAUAGGUCAAAAUCGUUGCCGUUUUCCCCAAUUCCAAGUCAAAAUCGCUACACAGGUUGCAACAACACCGGUAUUUGUCUGUCGUACCCCAACCAUUGCCACUUCUUAACGAUGAAUUCCGAUUUUCGGCCUAAGCUUAUAGCAGAGGAGAUGGACGAUCUGAUAGGAUUCCGAUGA